AUGUCGGGAUUUAGCGUGGCUCUCAGCGUGCUAGAGCCAGUCCUAGAUGAAAUGGAAGAGCUGGAUGAUAAUGGAUGGGCCCCUAUACAUCAUGGGGCAUAUAAAAAUCAUGUAUCACUGGUAGAACGUCUAUUGGAGUCUUCAGAGCCAGAGGAACUUGAGACAGUAACUGCAGACAGUCUUCAAAAUACUCCAUUGUUACUAGCUGCUUCAAGUGGAAGCCAAGAAAUGGUCAAUCUAUUAGUCAAGCAUGGUGCCAACAUAGCAUAUGUCAACAGGCAAAACCAUGGAGUGGUAGAGAUAUGUGCUAUUUACAGACAUAUUGAUCUCCUUGAAUAUUUUAUUUCUCUUGAUAAUAAAGACAUUGAUGUAUAUAAGAGGCUUGUCACAUUGUUGGAUUCUGACAGCAAAGAUGAUAUUCUUAUUUCAUGCUCAGUCAUCUAUAACUUGACAAAUCAACAAGUGAGUGUAACACAAUCUCAUGUUGAGAACUUUGCAAACGAAAAGCUUAUUUCAGGAAUGAUCAGUGUGCUUAGGAAAAACAUUGAGGAUGAAGCAAAGAUAUCAGCCUUAGAUGUAAUCAAAUGUUUGCUGGAAAAUGAAAAUGUGAAUAAAAGACAUACACUAGAGAAUAAUGAUGUUGAAGUUCUUAUAUCACUGGUUUCUCAGGGAUCAAGCCAGAUCCUUACAGGUUUGAUGGAGACUAUUUGCGAAUUAGUAUCUGAGAAAAGUUUUGCUGAAGUUCACUGUGUCAAUAUCAUCCCAGCAUUUUUAAAAGUGUUUUCUAACUUUGAAAAUUCAGAUAAAGAAUAUAUUCUACUGCCAGCUUUCAGAGCAAUUGGUUUGAUGGCCACAAAUUCAUCUGUUGCUAAAGAGGCCAUAGGAAAACAAUCUGGCCUAAUUUCCUCUUUGGUGAAGCUUUUUAAAGAAUCUCAACCAAAAUCAGUAAUUAUUGCAUGGAGUGAUGCUAUAGGGAGAAUUGCUGAGAAUCACUUGAGUAACCAGAACUUAUUUGUAAACGAGAAUGUCGGUCUUCAUGCCAGUGAGAUGUUAAAACUCAAGCAAAAAGAUGUGCAGAUGUCAGCAGCAAAAACUUUGUACAGAGGAGGGCUAAAGAAGGCUCCUGCUACCUGUCACGGAAGAACAACAAGACAGACCAUACCUUUGUUGGUUGAGUUUAUAGAAUCUGCAUCUUACAAACUCAAUCUGAUUGGAGCCAGAGGACUCAGUGUUCUUGUGCAAGGCCCAUACAACUUGAGAAAUCUUGUUGCUUCAGCCAAUGGAGCUCAUCAUCUGGUACGGCUCCUGAGAUCUCACAGGGAGGAUGUAGUGCUGAGUGCAAUUCAAGCCAUUGGCCACAUAUGCCUUGGAGUUGGUUACAUUCCUCACCACAGAAAUCAGACAGCAGUAGCUAAUUGUAGAGGGCUGAAGUUCUUGAUAGCACUGCUUAUCCAUUCUCAGUCUGAAGUUAUCCAGGUGGAAGCAGCACUUGCAAUUGCAGCAGCAGUUCUAGGGCACAGAAAUAAUGUGGACAUGCUCUGUACAAACCCUGCAUUCCAUUUUGAACACAUGGUCAGCCUGCUGCAUUCACCCAGUGAGGAGAUUCGCCUUAUGGCUGGUGCUGCCUUAGCAACCUUUGCAUUCAAUAAUUCUAGUCUACAAAAGGAAAUUGUCCAAUCUGGUGGUAUUAGAUGGUAUGACAUCGGGCCUUUCUUGGAAUCAGCCAAUCAAAACUUCAGAGUUGAUGCAGCUUUCCAGCUAGUAAUUCUAGCAAGAAUUAUUCCAGAUAAAGAGCCUUCAUUCACAUGUGCCACUGGGAUUCAGACCCUUAUGAGUAUUCUGGAAAGUACCACAAACAAUGAAACUCUCGCCUUUGCCGCAGAUUGUGUGGCCCGAAUUUCGCAUACCCGUGCAGGGCUUUUGGAUGCCAUGAUAUCUAUCAAUGUUGUCAGAUUGCUGAGUCAACUCCUGUCCCACCCAUCAGAACAGGUCCAAGGUUCUGCAGCUAUUGCAUUAAGUUACUUAAGCUUCAACCACAUGGCAGAAAGACAACUGCUAAAGAGAUGCAGAGAGGAUCCUCAUCUCAUGAAGACUCUGUUAUAUUAUAACAAAAAACAAAACCUGUCCUCCUCUUUCCUAGCACGAUGGAAACACAUAAGAGAACUCGUUCUACCUCCCAUACGGAGUAUGUCAGUAUUCCGGUCAACAACAACAACAAGUCAGAAGAGGAGAAAGUCGCCAGUCAAGCAUUAUCUUGGAUGCCAUUUUGUGGCUCUUCCAUCUGCAGAUUUUUCAGCAAUCAAUCAACAGUGAGCAAGUCACAAACCAUAAAGGCAGACUAUCACCUAUUAGUGGCAAAAUGGCAUUUGUAGUAAUUAAGUGAACUGCGUUAUUAUACAAAGGAAGGAAUUUACAGAAAACAUCCAAAAAUGUACAUACUGACAUAAACAAAUGUAUUAUUCUGUUCUUCAUUACCUGGAAACAAAUAACUUGUA